GUCAACACAACAAGCUAUAAAUUAUAGCUUGUUGUUGUUGGUAUAAUUAAGCUGAGUUAAAAUGUCCUUGACUGGCAAGGUGCUGACAGUCCUUGGUCCUAGGGAUCCCUCAGAGCUGGGCAUGGUGCUGCCUCAUGAGCAGCCAUUAGUGGAUCUGCGCAAACUCUUCUCACCACCAAGACCUGCGUUUCAGGACCUUGUGGGGGACAUCUCUGACCUGGACUUACAAAUACAAAAUUUGGGAAAGAUACGACAAUUUCCCUAUGCUGUGCGGUCCAAUCUGUUUGUGGACAAUGUGGAAGAAGUUGCUUCUGAACUGGCACUGUUCAAGUCCCUCGGAGGAGGUGCUCUCUGUGACGUGUCCCCAGUGGGGGUCAGAGUGAAGAGAGAGUGUCUCCCUGCACUGUCAGAGCAGACUGGUGUGCACAUUAUAGCCGGCACUGCCUUCUAUGUGGACAGUCUUAUGCCAGAGGAAGUCAAGAAAAUGACCGUGGAAGAGAUGCGAGACCAUCUUGUGUGUGAGGUGAUGGAGGGUAUCGGAGGAGUGGGCGGUGUGAGGUGUGGGCUCAUAGGGGAGGUGGGCUGCUCACACCCACUCACACACCACGAGACACGCUCACUACAGGCAGCAGCUGCAGCUCAGCAAAUGACAGGUGCUCCUCUUAUGAUUCAUCCCGGUGCUAACGAAGCAUCUCCAUUCGCCAUACUCGACAUUCUUGAGUCGUGUGGAGCGGAUAUUUCCCGCACUGUGAUUGGUCACAUGGAUCGGACUGUGUUGAGGGACGAGGCUCUAUUGUCACUGGCCAGGAGGGGGGCGUGGCUAGAGUAUGACUUGCUCGGAAUAGAAGUAUCCCACUAUCAGUCGCGAUGGCAUAUGGACUUCCCCAGUGAUGCUCAGAAAAUGGACAAAAUCAAGUUGCUCAUAGACAAUGGAUUUAGUGAUCGUCUCCUCAUGUCACGUCUCCUCAUGUCACAAGACAUCCACACUAAACACAGGAUGGCGUGUUACGGUGGUCAUGGUUAUGGCCACCUCCUCCAAGUGGUGCUCCCCAGUCUAGCGGAGAGAGGAGUGCACAAGAGUAUGCUGACUCAGCUUACUACCACCAACCCUCAGAAAUGGCUCACUUUUGCGUGAACAAUUUGAACAAUAUUUAUUUGUUUGCAAACCAUUAUAAACUAAUACUUAUGUUUUUAGCCAAAAUAAUAGUAUUCGUGUAAAAGACAAAGAUUACACCUG